UCUCGCGAGCUUUGUCAGAACAGUGGGUUGUAAUGUCAGUGCAGCCCCUGGCAGGAGCAGCAGCUGCAUCCUGCCUUUCCCUCCGAAGCAUUAGUGCACAGUCCCCACUCCUGGAAAACUUGGUCAUCUUCCCUUGAGGAGUGUGAGAGAAAUCAUCAUGCAGAGCAAAGGCAAAAGGCCAGGGCCCUCGAUUCUCCUGUGGCCUCUUCUGCUCUGCCUGCCCAUGGAGAAGUCACUUGGCGCUGAAGAAGACCUUAUAGUGGCCACCAAAGCGGGCAAGGUCCGAGGCGUGCCCUUGACCGUCCUGGGAGGCACUGUGAACGCAUUUCUGGGAAUCCCUUAUGCCCGGCCACCCGUGGGUCCCCUUCGAUUCAAAAAGCCACAGCCUGCGGCCACGUGGCCAGACAUUUGGAACGCCACGAGGUACGCCAAUUCCUGCCAUCAGAACCCAGAUCAGAGUUUCCCGGGCUUCUCUGGAUCGGAGAUGUGGAAUCCGAACACAGACCUGAGCGAAGAUUGCUUGUACCUGAAUGUGUGGGUGCCAACCCCCAAGCCCAGAAAUGCCUCGGUGAUGGUGUGGAUUUACGGGGGUGGCUUCCAGACAGGGACGUCCUCCUUAAACGUCUAUGACGGCAGAUUCCUGGCUCGGGUGGAGAGGGUGAUCGUGGUGUCCAUGAACUACAGGGUGGGCGCGCUGGGGUUUCUGGCGCUCCCAGGGAAUCCCGAGGCUCCGGGGAACGCGGGGUUGUUCGACCAACAGCUGGCCCUGCAGUGGGUCCAUGGAAACAUAGCGGCCUUUGGUGGCAACCCCUGGAGCAUCACCCUCUUUGGAGAAAGUGCAGGGGCCGCCUCCGUGGGCCUGCAUUUGCUGUCCCCCCAGAGCCACCCCUGGUUCCUCAGGGCUAUUCUGCAAAGUGGGUCUGCGAACGCCCCGUGGGCAGCGAUGUCCCCAGCCCAGGCGAGGAACCGAACGCUAACCUUGGCCACAUUGCUGGGCUGCGCUAGAGAGAACGAGACUGAGCUCCUCCAGUGUCUGCGGCGCAAAGAUCCCCAGGAAAUCCUGCCCAAUGAGGCCUUUGUCCUUCCCCACGAGAGCCUUCUGUCCGUCCACUUUGGACCCACGGUGGACAAUGACUUCCUAGCUGACAUGCCCGACGCCCUUCUGCAGAUGAGACGAUUCAAACGCACGCAGAUCUUGGUGGGUGUGAACAAGGACGAAGGGUCAGCCUUCCUGGUGUACGGGGCCCCGGGUUUCAGCAAAGACAAUGAUAGUCUCAUCACCAGAAGUCAGUUUGAAGAAGGGUUGGACAUGUUUUUCCCCGGAGUGGGGGAACUGGGGAAGGAAUCUAUCCUUUUCCACUACGCGGAUUGGUUAGAUGAUCAGAGACCGGAGAAGUACAGGGAAGCCUUCGACGACGUGAUCGGCGAUUACAACAUCCUAUGUCCUGCCCUGGAAUUUGCCCAGAAGUUCUCGGAUUGGGAAAACAAUGUUUUCUUCUACUAUUUUGAGCACCGUUCCUCCAAACUUCCUUGGCCACAAUGGAUGGGAGUGAUGCAUGGCUAUGAAAUUGAAUUUGUCUUUGGGUUGCCUUUGGAAAGAAGAGGUAAUUACACAAAACCCGAGGAAAUUCUGAGUAGAUCUAUAAUGAAACGCUGGGCAAAUUUUGCGAAAUAUGGGUACCCAAAUGGGACCCAGAGCAAUAACACAAGAUGGCCAUUCUUCAGAACCCCUGAACAAAAAUACUUAACCUUGAACACAGACUCACCAAGGAUAUACUCUAAACUACGAGCUCAGCAGUGCCGAUUCUGGAAACUAUUUUUUCCCAAAGUCUUGGAAAUGACAGGAAAUAUUGAUGAAGCAGAACAAGAGUGGAAGGCAGGGUUUCACCGCUGGAACAAUUACAUGAUGCACUGGAAAAAUCAAUUUAAUGAUUACACCAGCAAGAAAGAGAGCUGUGGCCUUGAAGAUGCUCACCACAGAUAGCACUUUAUGACUUCAUACCCUUUGUCCAGUGGUGUUUAGUUGUUUCUCUCCCUGGUUGCUCUAGUUUUUAUGACUGUGUUCAG